AUGGAGGACGAGCUUCGUUGCCCCGUGUGCUGUAGAGUGUACACUAAGCCUGUUCUCAUGCCCUGCUCCCACUCCUUAUGUGUGGCCUGUGCAUUGAGCUGCCAAGAACCAGCUCAGAAUCUGCUACCCCAUUCAUUGUCUUCAGCUGGUUCAGAGUCGGACAGCGGAACGGUGAUCAGCGAUCGUACAAGUCUGUUAGACUUCCCUGACAUGGACAAACUGAGUAUUGUCAGUGAAACGGACAGCGGCGUCGUCUGCAACAGUCGACCGAGCAGCUACAUAGGUACCGCCAGUGUUGCCAACAUCUUUCUACAGAGCCUCCAGAAUUGCACCUAUGGCAUCAAAUGUGUUGUUUGUGAGAGGAUGGUCUUCAUGGACGAUACUGGCGCCCUGUCUUUACCCACAAACAGAGUCCUGGAAGCUAUAUUGAAGUGUGAACGUUGUCUAAUAGACCAUCGCCCGGCUACUGCUAUGUGCGAGCAGUGUGAGGUUUUCUUCUGUGACAUAUGCCGGGAGCAGUGUCAUCCAGCGACGGGGAUGUAUGCUAAACACACUCUGGUGGACCCAACCCAAGGAGACAUUAUCCUCAAGUACAAAAAGAAGAACAGCAAGGAGUUCAAAUGUAACGAGCAUCCUUCGGAGUCGUUAGGGAUGUUUUGUCUGUCCUGCCGGCUACCGGUCUGUUGUCAGUGUGCACAGGAUGGACGCCACAUGACUCAUGAAGUCCAGCCGCUGUCAUCUAUGUGCAAGUCACAGAAG